ACCAAAUUGUAAAGCGUGCACUUUUAUUAUAAUUUUAGGAAUAUUUGGAUUUUGUUUAAUAUCUUUUGGAUUCGGUGUAUAUUUCUUUUAUUCAGAUGUUAAGAAAAAUUUCAUAGCAAGUAAAAUGAAUAAUAAUAAAGGAAGUUCUUAUAUAGAACCAUGGACAGGAUUAUCACCUAUUAUGUAUGAUAAAUUUUACUUUUUUAAUGUGACAAAUUACAAAGAAGUAGAAGAAAAAAAUGCAAAACCGAAACUUCAAGAAGUUGGGCCUUAUACUUUUCAAAAAUUUAUCAAGAAAGAAAUUGUCUUUCAAACUGAAGAUACAAUCACUUAUAGAGAAAAAACCAGUUACGUCUUUCAUAAAGAACUUUCGAGUGGUGAUCAGAAUGAAAAAAUAUAUUUAAUUAAUCUUCCUGUAGUAGCAGUUGACAAGAUUGCGGAUUUGAAAUGUCCCGAAGAUAUGAAAGAUAUCGCCUUCACUAUAAUUGACUCAACAUUAGAAGAUUAUAAAGAGACUGUAUUCCUUUAUAAAAGUAUUGAUGAAUUGUUAUUUGGUGGUUUUAAAGUUGAGGCUGUGGGCGACCUACUUGAUUUAGCUCGAAGUUUUCUCGGAGAAGAUGAAGUACCAGAUGUGCUUCCUAAUAAUACUUUUGGAUUGUAUUAUGGGAAAAAUAAUACUUACUCUGAAAAUUUUACAAUUGCAACGGGGAGAGACGACAUUAAAGAUUAUUCAAACAUCGUUUCUUGGAAUAAUUACAAGAAUCUCCCCUUUUGGAACGAUGAAUAUUGCAACAAAAUUAACGGUUCUGAUGGUCUUCAAUUUCCUCCAUUUUUAAAGAAAACUGAAACAUUAUACGUUUUUAUCAAAGAAAUUUGUCGAUCAUUAUAUUUUGAGUACGAGAAAGAUUUUUUCAUCCGUAAACUACCAGUUUACAGAUUUAUAAUACCCGAUCGACUAUAUAGUGCUGCUACAAUCAAUGAAGAUAAUAAAUGUUUUUGUUCUGUCCUCAAAUCCUGCGAUGUCGGAGGAAUUACUCCAGUUGGUCCUUGUUAUAUGGAUGUCCCGAUUGUAGCUUCUGCACCUCAUUUCUAUCAGGGGGAUUCUAGUCUUUUGAAAGAAGUAAGGGGUCUUCGGCCAAAUAAAGAUCAGCAUGAAAGUUUUUUUGAUAUCGAUCCAGUGACUGGAACAGUAGUUAAAGGAGUGCGUAAAUUGCAAAUUAAUGCUGAUGUUAGGAAAUCGGAAAAUUUAGAAUUGCUGGCAUCCAUUUCUGAUAUGGUUUUACCAGUAUUUUGGAUCAGCCAGGAAUAUGAAUUGAGUAAUGAAGAUAUAGAUUAUCUUUAUUGGAAAAUAGUUUUCCCAUUGUCAAUUGCCCCUGUUGUAUCGUUGUCUGCAUUAAUAUUGGGAUGUACAUCAUUCUUCUUAUCAAUUAUCUCUUGGUGUUUCCUGAAGAAUGUAAGUUAUUUCCAAAGUAUCCGGAUGAAAAUUGCCAAAAGAAGUCUAAUUAAAAGAAAUAGUCAAACAGGAAAUGAAUUAAAGAAAUUUUAAAAAUUUCUUACAUUUCUUUUUGCUUCAAUUUACAAUUAUAAAUGAUAAACAAAAUUGAUAAUUCAAACUGUUCAAACCUGUAAAUAACAAAACUCCCAAUAGAAAUUUCUAUUUAAUAAAACAUUGAAUAAAAUAAUUUUUUACUUAACGAAAUAAUUAAA